UCCCAAAGUCGAAGGCGUGGAUUGCAAUUUUCCAGAGAACCUGCGACCAAUGAGAAGGUAAUAAAAUGGCGAGGCCACGUUUAAGGAAAUCAUAAGCCUCCCCCGACAUCACCCGGGCCUCGAUAUUCGGUCGUCGUCGACCGAUGCUAUAACGCCCGCCGCCGCCGCCGCCGCCGCCAUCCGUCAGCCGGCAGCCUCGGUGUUCGUCGCCAAGCCCCGCUGCUCCUGCGGCAGAGCCCUCCUACCUUCCCAAACAGAAAAGAGGGUGAUGCAGAGCAAAAGUCUCAACCUAAAGCUUUAAUAAAGCCUUUCAAACACGAUUGGGCAUGUUCCUGAAUACAUAUUCAGGCAAUAGGCUUGCUGCAAGAAUGAAUAAUGGAAUUAACCAUGAGAGCUAUCUCGUGGUGAAACUUGCAACAAACUCUUGACGGUCAAAACUCAUUGAAACCAGGAAUUUGGUCUCUGCUAAGGUUUGAUGUGAGAGGCAGAGUAGGGUUUUUUUGGGAGAUCAUGGUCUCAACAUCGGGGAGAACAGAAUUGAUGGAAAUUUCUGCAAGUAUGCAGAAAGCAUUUUCAACAGCGGAAGAAACUGCUGGAGAAUAUUGUAAAGUUGGAGAUCACGAGGAACCGAUCAUGAGCAAUGAUGGACCACUCGCUAAUGACCUACAUUUAUUGAAGCUUGAACGCUGGCGGUGGUGGCUUUUAGUCGCUGUUAAUAUUUUCUUCCUCGUAGCAGGACAAGCUUCUGCUGUUCUUCUCGGAAGAUUUUAUUAUGACCAGGGUGGAAAUAGUAAAUGGUUGUCGACACUUGUUCAGACGGCUGCUUUUCCAAUCUUAUUCAUUCCAUUAUUCCUUAUACCAUCAUCGCAGGAGGCUUCAGCUUCUUCUAGUACACCUUCUUUCAAAAUUCUUGCCUCGGUCUACUUAUUCCUAGGAGUGCUCAUAGCUGGAGAUAACUGGUUAUACUCCACAGGCCUAUUAUACCUCUCCGCCUCUACGUAUUCCCUUAUCUGUGCUUCCCAGUUGGCAUUUAAUGCAGUUUUCUCAUUUUAUUUGAACUCUCAGAGGUUUACUGCGCUCAUUCUGAACUCUGUGGUCGUUCUUUCCUUAUCUGCUGCCCUCAUUGCUGUCAAUGAUGAUUCGGACGGAUUAUCUGGAGUUUCUAAGGGGAAGUACAUCCUUGGCUUUUUUUGCACCCUUGGAGCUUCUGCAAUCUACUCUCUUUUGCUUUCCCUCAUGCAACUCUCUUUCCAGAAGGUCCUUAAGAAGGAAACGUUCUCUGUAGUUUUGGAGAUGCAAAUAUAUACAGCCCUUGUUGCUACUUGUGUUUCUGUUUUGGGUCUAUUUGCAAGUGGCGAAUGGAAGACCCUGCAUGAAGAGAUGGGGAGUUUUGGACAGGGAAGAGCAUCUUAUGUGCUAACUGUGGUUUUCACAGCCGUGUGUUGGCAGGUCUGCUCAGUGGGUGUCGUGGGAUUGAUAUUCAUUGUAUCUUCUCUGUUUUCCAAUGUCAUCAGUACUGUUGGUUUGGCCGUUACUCCGAUUGCUUCAGUGAUAGUUUUUCAUGACAAGAUGAAUGGGGUCAAGGUGAUUGCCAUGCUUCUGGCUCUUUGGGGUUUCGCAUCCUACAUAUAUCAAAACUAUCUUGAUGAUUCCAAAGCAAGGAGAAUGCAGGGUGCUGGGGACGAAACUCGUAGUGAUUCUGUCUGCUGAUUGGUUUCCUGUUGAUUGAUUUGGUAAAUAACUCUUCAAGUAUUAGGAUGGAUCCUCAUUACUAGUUGUCAAUUGUGGUUAGCAACCUUCUUAGGUUCAAGCAUUUUGUCUGCAGAAAAAAUUAUCUGCAGUCAUCUUGAAAUUCAUUAUGAGCUUUUGUCCUGUAAUUUAGCUAGUUUCUGCACUUCACAGUGGGCUCUUUUUCCUCUCAGCAAGAUUGCCUGGUUGUAUUAUAUCAAGCGACCUUACAAGAAAUGAAAACAAUUUGUUGCCAUCGA